AACCUUGUGCCUAUGGAUCUCUACCACAUGGAUGCGAGCCCACCGUGCCGGGCCGUGCGCAUGGUUGCUCGACAUUUAAACCUCAGCUUGAAUCUGAUCCACGUUAACCACAUGGCUGGUGAACACAUGACGCCCCAGUUUCAGAAGAUCAAUCCCCAGUCCGUCUUGCCGACGCUGGUCGACGAUGGCUUUGUCUUGUGGGAAAGCCGUGCUGUUCUCACAUACAUGGCGAACCGGUAUGUUCCUCACAGUCCCUUAUACCCAACUGAUCCACGCUCCAGAGCUUCAGUGGAGCGUCUCCUUUAUUUCGACAUGGGCACCCUGUUCGACGCAUGCCACAAAAUACUGUAUCCUGUGAUAUUUGGUGGGCCACAGCCAGACUCGGAGCAGGAGAAGCCACUGGUGCGAGCGCUGGAACUCCUCACCGGAUUUCUCGGAGAUAGCAAGUUUUUAUUUGGAGACGACGUCACCUUGGCCGAUAUUUCCAUCCUCGCUACACUAACCGUCACUGAGGUAAGUGACCACGACAUACGCAGGUAUAAAGCGAGCGGGCGUUGCGCCGACUAUGAUUUGAGUCGUUUUCCCAUUAUACUGGACUACUACGAGCGACUGAAGACUUCGUUGCCUUACUACAAUGAAAUCAACGACCUCGGAAUACAGCAAAUGCGAGGCAUUCGCAGCCAAAGCAAUUCGAAGUAA